CAUGGCGCUCUCCAACAACCACAUAUGUCCAGUCCACAACUGGAUUUAUAACCAGUCCUGUGAGCCGGAGAGCCCUGCCCCCUGCUGCACGCCGGACCACAUUCCCCUGGUCAGCAAGUGUGGCACCUUCCCGCCCGAGAGCUGCUUCUUCAGCCUGAUCUGCAGCCUGGGCGCCUUCAUGGUGAUGCUGCUCGGCCUGCUGCGGUACGCGCACGUCAUCGAGCGCGGCGGCGCCUCCCUGCUCAACACCGCGGGGCUGGCCACAGGGUGGAUCUGCGCCGCGGGGCUCAUUGUCGUCGGCAGCUUCCAGGUGGACCACGCCAAAGCGCUGCACUACGCCGGGGCCGGGGCGGCCUUCCCCACCAGCAUGCUGUUCCUGCUCCUCCAGUCCGUCCUGACGUACCGCAUGGCCAAGUCCAGGGGGCACUACUGGACCGGCCACCUGCGCAGCAUCCUGGCCGCCCUGGCGCUCGUCGCGCUCGUCUUCAGUGGCGCCUUCUUCAACCAGCACAGCACCGCGCUCCAGCACCUGGCCGCCCUCUGCGAGUGGCUGUUUAUCACCAGCGUCCUCGUCUUCUAUGGCACCUUCACCGCUGAGUUUGGAGCCAUCUCCACAGACACCUUCCUGGUGCUGCUGCGAGCCCGGCGGACUUCGAAGAGCCCCGGGGCGGGGGUUCCCACUGCCGGCGCCCCCAGCCCCCUGGAGGGCCUGGCUGUCAUGUGAGGGGCCGCCGGCAGCGGGUUCCUUGGGCACAUGGGCUCUCGCACGCGGCAGUGGGGGCUCUCAGCCGCAGGAGAGAUGUCGGGGCGCAAGGUUGAAGGUGCCCGAAACCGACUGGCCCUCAUCCACAUUUCGUGCCUUGGGGACGCUGACUGCAACCCGGCCUCCUGCGAGGAAAUGCAGUGGUGUUUCGGCCCUGAUUUCUUGGCUCUUGCAUCAGACCCUCCCCAUCCUUCAAUUCCUCCGGAAGAGAGGAUGAAAAAUGGUGUGGGAAAAAUAUCGGAAUGUGUCCUUUGCCGAUAGCGAGGCUGGUUUGGCCGUGGGGUGGGGUGGGCAGCAGCGCCCGUGCUGAGAUUCUUGGCCCUUCUGGCCGAAUGCCAGGCACCAGGAAGGGGAUUCCAGCCACGGGCCCUUUGCCAUCUCAGGAGAACGGCCGGGUGUUCUUCCCGACUUUGGGAUCUGCAUUGUCUUCAGGCAAUGCCUCUUGCCUCUGCAAGGAGGAGGAGGUCUCUUCCUCGGAGAGGAAUCUCUUUUAAAAGUGCCCUUAAUUUCCUUGGGACCAAAAGCAUUGGCUGAGUUAUCAUUCCUUGACAGCUCACUCCAGUCCUGUUUACGUGGGCGUUGUAUCCUCCUCUGAGUGCCUUCACAGCAGACCAUAAUUAACGUGCUGCUUGCCCCAGCAGAGCUGAGGCACGGCUGCUUCUCCAGGGAGCCUUAUUUAACCGCAGAUUCUUCCCCAGAACGUUCUCGGCUGCGGGCGAAGCACUUUAGUUCUAGAGCUCAUUGCCGGAAGGAUCCUCCGGAGCUCGGCCACGUGCUGACUCUGUGCCAGGCAGGAGGAGUCCUGGAAGCGAAAACCUCCUGUGUCCAGCAGCGCUUGGGGCCUCCAGGGGCCUCCAGAGGAGAGGGGACCAAUCCCCUUCGCUUUCUGGACUUCCUCCACCACCUUUCCCACUGCAGGAGCUCAAGUCCUGCUUAGGAAUUCAGGGCACCAACCGGUAGCUGAAGGCAGGAGGGCUGCUGGCCUGAGGAGGUGGAACGGUGCUCCCCAGACGGUCAGGAAAGCUCAUCAGACGUGACCCUGGUCUCCGCCUCGCCCAGUGCCUUGGAUGCUCUUAGCAGCAUUCUGUGCAGGAAUUCUCUGUUUCUGGGAUCUGCAUUUUCCCUCCCAUGGUGCCAAUUUCUCUGCCUGCCUUGAUUAUUCCAGCAGAGUUCCUCAGGUAUAACGCUUUAUGUGACUCUUCCCUGCAUACAUUCUAAAGAUGUGCGUGUUGAAGGUAGUGACAUUCCCAAAGAGAUGUGCCUUAAUAUAAUCUACAUGUGACUCAGUUGGGCAGUGCACACACAUUCCGCGAAGUGGCUCGCAGCCUGCCCGGGUGGGUCCCACGCUUGCGGGGCAGCUCUUCGCUGCCGGGGAGGGAAGCUGCCGUGGUGGGCCCCCCAGCCGCACCCCCUGGCUUUCUCCAGUGGCCCAAAAAGGCUGCGCAGGGUGGGGAGGCCUCCAUCCUCGGCGUGCGGCUGUGAGGUCGAGGGCUGCAGCACGUGCUCGAUG